UCAAACGCGACUCUGUCCAAGUGAACAGAUCAGCGGUAUGGCUAAUGCAAGGGUCAUGAGGGCCUUCUUGGUCCUCUUGCUGACAACAUUAACGAAAGCUGAGCUGACGCAGUUGGUCAUUGGCGACGAAAUUAUCGUUUCCUAUAACGGCCAUGAGAUCUUCCACCACACGCGCGAGAACCCAGUCAUCACCUUUGGCGUGGGAACAGCCAACUACACUGAGGACCACGGUAUGUUCGACGUCCAGGAGGAAAUUCUCGAAGUCGUCCCCAUCGAUCGAAUCGUUACGGCUUCGAACAGGACUGGAAGUGUUCGGAUCACGUUGGGUUCCUAUGUUGACCCUGAGGUCGAGAUACGGCUGACCGCUGACAUAUAUGAAUUCGGCUACCUCGGCAUGUUUAACAACCUCAUGACGCAUAGUCCUUACAAUCGUAUGUGGCUCAGACUCUCAGCUGACGAGGACGAGAAGGUCUUUGGUGGCGGCGAGCAGUACACGUAUUUCAACCUUCGGGGUCGACAUUUUCCCAUUUGGACGAGUGAGCAAGGUAUUGGUCGAGAUGGAGGAAUAAUCGCCAACAUCACCGACAUCGAAGGCGGUGCGGGAGGAGAGUACUAUACCACCUACUGGCCUGAGCCUUCGUUUGUUUCCUCGAAACGCUAUUCUCUUAUAUUCGACGACUACGAUUACAUGGUCAUGAACUUCAGUCAACCAAACUACCACGAGUUCUACAUCCAUAGCCAUUCGUUCUUGCUCAGAAUGUACUUCAAUGACACGAUGAUGAACCUUAUCCCGAGCAAGGUCCAUUAUUCGCCUACGCUCCCGGAUUGGAUAAUCACGGGGACUAUCCUGAGUCUGCAGAGGGGGACACAGGAGGUCCUCGACUACUACGAGCUGGCCAAGGGCGCGGGCGUGAACGUGAGCGCCCUCUGGAUCCAGGACUGGUCUGGCACGACGGAGACCCUCUUCGGCCACCGCGUCUACUGGAACUGGCAGUGGAACCAGACCUACUACCCUGGACUGGACGAAAUGAUCACGACCCUCGGCCAAGAAGGCGUGGGCGUGAUGGCAUACAUCAACCCACACCUCAUAGAAGGCAGCGAAUUGUACGAGGAAGCCGAUAGUCUAGGAUACCUCAUGGUUGACAGCGAAGGCCAGUCUUUCACGCAGGAUUUCGGUGGUUUUAUGGCCGGAACUGUCGACUUGGUCAGUGACGAAGCCAGCAGUUGGUAUGCGAAAAAAAUUCAGGAAAACAUGAUCAACUUAGGCCUCUCGGGCUGGAUGGCAGAUUUCGGCGAAUACACGCGCACGGAUAUGUUUUCACAAGGUUUCACAGAGAACACGCCGGCACAAAUACACAAUCGGUUCCCUAGCCUCUGGGCGAGUUGUAACACGAAAGCACUGCGUCUGUCGGGGAAGGAAGGUCAAAUCGUGCCCUUCAUGCGGUCAGGGGGUCGAGGGUCAGCCUUGAGUACGUACUUGGCGUGGGCGGGCGAUCAGAACGUCGACUGGUCACUCGGAGAUGGCGUGGCGUCUACCAUCGUGGCCGCCCUGAGCCUGGGCCUGAGCGGGAUGUGCGUGACUCACUUCGACAUCGGAGGCUACACGACGCAGCCGCCCGUCCUGCAGAGGAGCAAGGAGCUGUUCCUGCGGUCGGCCGAGUACGCUGUCUUCACGCCCGUCAUGAGGACGCACGAGGGCAACAAACCGAAAGCCAACCACCAGUUUUAUAGCGACGAAGACACCCUCACCCAAUUCGCCAGACUCACGCAGAUGCACGCACGCCUCGCACCUUACACACGCACUCUCGUCGAUGCCUGCUUUGAUGAAGGCAUCCCUGCUCAAGCCCCACUCUUCCUGUACUUCGAGGAUGACCCUGGAUCGUGGGACGUCGAGUACCAGUACAUGUUCGGCCCUGACCUUCUGGUGGCUCCCGUCAUCCACAAGGGACAGGACUCCCAGAGGGUGUAUAUCCCCGGCGGCGGCGGCGACGGAGGAGGAGGAGCCUCGUGGCAGCACUUGUGGGCGGGGCUUAUCGUGUCAGGACCCGCCGAGGUGGAGGUGGCCACGCCCCUCGGCUUCCCGCCCGUGUUCUUCCGCCGGGACUCCGAGUGGGCGCCGCUCUUCGAGGAGGUUGCGGCGGAGUUCGGGGGGGGGUUCGUGCCGGCGGUGUGAGGGGG